AAUGCCGACAAUAACUUGAAUACUCCUUGGUAAUGAUUCACCCACCAACAUCCGCCGAUUAUUCGAUUUUUGUUUUUAGAAUAGCCAUUUGUAAUCUCUUUUUUAGAUAGAAUCUAUUAUUUUCCUGUUUACCGUGGCACAACGACAAAUUCGAUUAGACUAGAUCUAGAAUCUAAUAUUAAGUAAUAUAGUAUAGAUCUAUCUAAAAAAUCCAUCAGAAAGCAACACUUGCUAGAGUGAAGGCCAUACGUUCAGAACCUCAAAGCAAGAAUGAAUGUGGGUGUAGCUCACAGCGACAGUAACCCAACCCAUUCCUACUUCAACAGCAAAGGGAUAUGGCUCACCUAUUUACUCUUAGUAUUUGGUGUGCACCUGUUGUUGCUGUCUGUCCCAUUCUUUUCAGUGGCAGUGGCUUGGACGCUGACUAAUGUUCUGCAUGAUGUGUGUAUGUUUGUCAUGCUUCAUGUAACCAAGGGCACCCCUUGGGAAACAUCUGAUCAAGGUAUUGCUCGUACUGAAACCCAGUGGGAGCAGAUUGAUUAUGGCAAGCAGUUCACAGCUACCAAAAAGUUCUUUACUACAGUACCAGUUGUUUUGUUCUUCCUGGCCAGUUUUUAUUCUCGCUAUGACAAGUAUCAUUUUGUAAUCAAUGCAAGCGUUCUGGCCUUGAACCUCAUCCCAAAGUUGCCACAGCUCCACAAAGUCAGGAUCUUCGGAAUUAAUAAAUACUAAGGAAGUAGUAUGUUGUGUUUGUCUUGUAAUGCUAUUGUUUGUAAACAUCCAAAACCUCACCAUUGAACUCAUACUUAAUUUGCUUCUAAUGUAGUCAGUUUUUUUCCACUGAUUACUGUAAAUAUUUCCUCCAAGCACUAUGUUGUACAAUAUUUGUCAAAUAGGAAACGUUUUUAGCUAUAAAAAUCAGAAUGUUGUUGAUGAUUUUUUUUUUUUUUAUGGAAACUUAGCGGUUACAUAUAUUUUAUCAUUUUAAAAAAAUCUCAAUUUAUUCAUUUCCUUAUUCAGUGAGUUUGUUGAACAUUUUGUGUGCAUACAUGUCUUGCCUUUACUUUUGACAUAACAUUCCCUCAAAAUUAAAUCAUUUUGAAGUCAUAUGGACAAUAUCAAUCCUGGUGAUUGUUUUUAUUGGGGUUUGUUUUGUAGUUGUUUUUUUUUUGGGUGCCCUCUUCCCCCUUAAGUCCUUAACUAAGUUGGUAUGAUAGUAAUCAAAAGUAAUUAUUUAGUGUGAUAAAAUAAUUGUUUAGGUUUCCGCAGUCAAGUUCACACGUUGUACAAUCAUUAUUAAUGUUAUAAUGAUAGCUAGAUUAAGCACUUGUCGUUAAUUGUAUAACUUGCAAUAAUACAUACCAUCAAUACACUAUUCGGUGUGUAAUAAUUUCUGUUAAAUGAAAGCUAACAAUGAUACUUUUUAAAAAAGUAUUUGUUGUACAUCAGAAAAGAAUUUUCUAAAUGAAACUAAUACAUUUUUUGUAUCAUCAUGAUGACAUGUAUGCCUUGGUACACUAUUGGCCACAUUGCUAGAUUUAUUUCCUUUAGCUAUCAAGGGGUAGGUACUUUUUUUAAGCUUAACAGAUGUAAUCUAAAUGUAAAUACACUAAAUAUAGGUAUAAUUGAAGGCUCUUCUGUGCAUGAAUUAUUCAUGUAUUGGUGGUGGUUUGCCUUAUACUUGUUAAGGUUUAUUUCUUAUUCAACCAUUUGUUGAGAAACAUUUUUCCAGUUUUUUUUUCACACCUUAUCAUGUGUACCAACCAGCUUGUACAUACUGAUGCCUGAAAUCUUCUUAACUACACUCAUAUCAGGAUUGUUUUCUGCUUGUUGAGUUUAAUGACAAUGAAAGUUUCAAGUCCUUUUGGUGAGCUCAGUAUUAUUUUCUGCACUCAUGAUGAUUUCUAUUGAUAUAUGGCAUGCAUUUAUUUUUGCACUGGCCUGUGUAAUACUAAAUUAUAUUCUCUUCAAUGACCAGUUGCUGUUGUAACUGUCUACCCUGUGUCUGUGGUACAUGGGUUAAUUGGCUGACACAUUUAAAAAAUCAAAGAACAUCUUUGUAAUUGCUAAUCUCUUUUUUUUUUUUUUUACCUUUUCUUAAUUGGGGGAGAAUGUUUGGCGAAUUCUCAUCAGUUAUGCUAGCCUGGUUGUUAAUAUAAAUGUGGCUUACUUCAUUUUGAAAACAUAGCCCCAGGGAAUAUUGCAUUCUUUCUCUAACUGGACAGCAUUUUGUAAAUGUUGUUGAAACUAAACUUACACGUAUUGUUGCUUUUUUUUUUUUUUUUAGCUUUAUUUCUUUCCCAUUGAAAAAUACUCUGAUGCUCCUGUGGCGCAUGACGAGUCGUUUACUUCAAGUAUGAAUUUUAUUUUGUAAUUAAUUUAAAAUUGUACACUUAUAUUUCAGCCUCAUGGUACUAGAUUGUGUUGUACGUUCUCUUAUGAAACUCAGAUCUCAUCUGAAUAUCUUUUGAAUAAUAUUGUUUAAAUCCAUGGUGAACAAUACCUCUAAUUAUCAUACAGUAGGACAGCCAGUAGUCCAAGUAUGUUGUUCAAAGGUCAUUGGAAUGUAAACACCAGUUCAUAUUCUAUGCUCUAGGUAACAUUUCAGCAACACAGUAGAUUGAUUCUUUCACAUGCUUUAUUACUGUCCAAGUUGUUACUGGUGAAGAUGUAACAGAGCACAGAUUUUGCACCUCUAUUAGCAGCCAGUUUUCUGUAUAGCUUUGCUAGUUUUACUAAAACGUUCAGUACAGGUAUAGCCUACCAAGUUUUAAAAUUAAAGCAGAUAAGUUGUUGAGCAAACCAUGUCAUCGAUUCCUUUAAGCUGCAUGCAAUCCUUAAUUGGAUAAACAAAUUAUUUAGCGUAGCAAAUUACUGGCAAAGUGAGUUUCUGUAAUGAGUAUCACAUUUCUACUGUAUGAUUAUCUAUGUUUACAUAAAAGAAGAACUGAAUUAAAUGUUAUGUUUGAAGAUUAAUAUGUGUAGCACUGGUCUGGCCAAGUCAGAAUAUUCUCAAUGUUUGGCCUCUGAACGCAAUCUAAUUCUAUGCUUCCAAUAUUGUGAUCUGUGACAGUUUGCUCCCUUUGUUUAAAGCAUUAAGUCAACUAUUCAAUCUGAACCCUCUGAUUAAAAAAAUGAGACCGAAGAAGAAACUAUUUAAUCUUAUUGUGUGGGUAAUGGGUUUUUUCGCUGGAGGGAAGAAAUUCAAGAAGUGUUUAUAACAAUGAAGCCUCAAAAAUGUAUGGUGUCAUGAUCAAAGAAGGUGCAUUAUUUUGCAUUUAUGUAACCUUUGUUUUUUUAUGCCAGUCAUCAUUGGUGUAGGUCUUACUGUUAGUAGGCGUACAGUUAUUUGGGUGAAAUAUUUAAACAUUAUUGAGUUCAAUGUUUGAAAGAGGCUAAAUAAAAUUUGUAGAAGUCUAUGAACUAAUAUUUUGAAUCAGUAUAAUUAAUAAAGAUUGUAAUCGUAA